UCUGAAAAACAGUCAAGAUGAAGUGGAAUCUCUUCAAAAAACCUGCCAACCCUGAACCCAUCAUAGCUGCUACUACAGGUAGUCCAGUAUCUCCAACUACAGCAGCGGCACCACCAAUAGUCUCAACGGACAACACAACACAAAUCUCGGGCCCAGUGGAGAGCAAGGAGGAUGUGUUCGCCAAGAUUAAAGAAAAGUUCAUGAAUGAAAUAAAUAAAAUUCCCUUGCCACCAUGGGCCUUGAUUGCCAUUGCUGUAGUAGCUGGGUUGCUGAUCCUUACCUGCUGCUUUUGCAUCUGCAAGAAAUGCUGCUGCAAGAAAAAGAAAAACAAGAAGGACAAAAAGGGAAUGAAAAAUGCCAUGAAUAUGAAAGACAUGAAAGGCCAGAACAAACAGGAUGAUGACGAUGAUGAUGGUGAUGGUGAUGAAGAGGGAGGAGAAGAGGAAGAGGAGAAGGAGCCAGAGAACCUGGGGAAGCUGCAGUUUUCCCUAGAUUAUGAUUUCCAAGCUAACCAGCUUACUGUAGGGAUCCUCCAAGCAGCUGAGCUCCCAGCGCUGGAUAUGGGUGGCACUUCAGACCCUUAUGUCAAGGUUUUCCUACUUCCAGACAAGAAGAAAAAGUAUGAAACCAAAGUGCAAAAGAAGACCCUCAAUCCAACCUACAAUGAGACAUUUGUCUUCAAGAUCCCAUAUCAGGAGCUGGGUGGGAAGACCUUGGUGAUGGCCAUCUAUGACUUUGAUCGCUUCUCCAAGCAUGACAUCAUAGGGGAAGUCAAGGUGCCCAUGAACACAGUGGACCUGGGGCAGCCCAUUGAAGAAUGGAGGGACCUAGAGAGUGCAGAAAAAGAGGAGCCAGAGAAAUUGGGAGAUAUCUGUAUCUCAUUACGAUAUGUGCCUACUGCUGGAAAGCUUACUGUCUGUAUCCUGGAAGCCAAGAAUUUGAAAAAGAUGGAUGUUGGAGGACUUUCAGAUCCCUAUGUGAAGAUUCAUCUGCUGCAGAAUGGGAAGAGGCUCAAGAAAAAGAAGACCACCGUUAAGAAGAAGACGCUGAAUCCUUAUUUCAAUGAAUCCUUCAGCUUUGAGAUUCCCUUUGAGCAGAUACAGAAAGUGCAAGUUGUGAUUACUGUGCUGGAUUAUGACAAGCUGGGAAAGAAUGAAGCCAUUGGCAAAGUAUUUGUCGGGAACAACGCCACUGGCACAGAGCUAAGGCAUUGGUCUGAUAUGUUGGCCAACCCACGCCGCCCCAUUGCCCAGUGGCAUUCCCUGAAGCCUGAAGAAGAGGUGGACGCAGCUCUCGGGAAAAAUAAAUAGGCAGCUCCAUACCCCAGCAUCAGCUACUGAACAUUCAAAGCGAUCCAGAGCUAUCAAUACCUCAGUUAGGCAAUGUUUGGUUUCUGUUCUGUUCCGUUCUCUGAUCUGCAAUACCCUUUCUUUGGUGGCUGUAGAGAGAUUCCGGGUGAACUCAAGAACAUCCUGGUUGAAAAGUUUUAAAGACACAGUUGCUCCUUUUGCAUUCUUCAGAGUAGUUUGUCUGCUGCAUGUUCAUCAUCUCUCUGUCUUGUUCUCUUCAAGCGCAAAGCAAGCUUUUUUUCUUGGGUUUUCCUGAGAUUGCCAUGAAUAGCAGCACAACGUAGCUUUGCAUUUAUUCACUUUGGAAUUUUCUUCCUUAACUCGGACUUUUGAAUAUUGUGCUAGGAUGAUACCAGAGCCUGAUAAUAUGAGUUGACCAGAUACACUGUGUUUGCUUUGGAAAAUAGCAUGGUACAUGAAGUGGUACACUUGAAAUAUAUGAAAGGAAUCAUCACCCUUCAAGGCUUUUUUUGGCUUUGGCCAUUAGAGUCUCAACAGAGAGGACAAGAAGCAGCUCUGGCACUGAAACAUCUCUGGUUCUGCAGAUAGUUGGUGAACUAAAUCUUUAUAAUGGGAGGAGUGUGGUUCCAGGCAUUGCCUGUUGUUUAAUGAUAAUUGCCCUAUAACAUCUAGGUGAUGCAGUAGGUAUUCGGUGUCCUAGUAGUUUUCUGUUCUUAAUUUGAAGAACAGAAUAGUUAUAGAAGACUAUCAAUCCUUUGUACCCAAAUAACUAUACCCAUAAGCACCAACUCACCUGCCCAAAUGCAGGGCAGAACACUUUUUUUUAAGAACAGCAUCAUGGGAUAUUUAUGGAAAUAGCCAGGCCUGGCACACUAACCAUUCAUGUGAAAACUGGAAGACUCACCCUUUCAGGUUAGUUAGAUUAAUAGUGCUGAAGUGGAUGGGUAAUUUAAAAAAAACUGUGGCAAGAACCUUCACACUGCUUGCCAGCUUGGGGUGGAGGAAACAGCCAGCCCUGGGUUGAUCUGCAUACAUCUUCUAUCAUGCUUUGCACUGCCAUUUUUGUUUUUCGGGGACACAACAGUCUGAAACCUAGAGAUAUUUAGUAUGAAGGUGUACUCUUUUUUAAAAUUGAAUUUGGAAGUGAAGGUGUGUGAGGGGAACUCAGAUGAUGGCUUAUGUCUCUAAUAUUCUUAAGAUCAGACCUGCUGGAGAGGAAGAAUGAAAAGAAAGGACAGGCAGAUUUGGCAAUGAUAGUAUCAUGUACCCACAGAAUGCUAUAUUGAUCUGACAUUAUGGAUCUAAUUCUCAGUGAGGAGAGAACUCCAAGAACUAAUGCUUUUAGCUGGGGACUUUCUCCUUCCAUCCCAGUGUCACAGUGAACUGAGCAAGAACAUAGUGCAGGAGGUUAGAGGGAGAGUGAAUCCAUUCCAACCAAAUGACCAAAGAUGUAUCAAAGGCAACAGUGUCUCCUGUGCUGUAUAGCAUUGUCUGGCUGCCAAAACAUUUAUGGUCUCUUUGCUGAUCUUGGAGGGAUAAGCCAUAUUAUCUUUGCUACCUAGUGUUUGCACUGAUUGCUGAAAGGCCUCUCUAUUUCAUAUAUAGCCCCAGAUAUCAAUGCCUUGAACAUCUUGGCUCCUUGUCCAGAUUUUGAUGAAAGGAGGCAAUUGAGGCAAGUGGGGGAUAGGUACAGACACUAGCAUCUUCCUUGAACCUUUGUGUUCCUGAUGGAUCUUCUGUUCUGCAUUGCUUCAAAUUCAUUAUCUAAAGGGAUGAUUCCAGGUGAUGCUUUAAUAUCAGGUGAUGUUUUGUUCUGCUUAACCACUAUGGUAGAAUGGAACACAGGGUUAACUUCCAUAUCCAGUAUUCAUUUCUGAUGCUGUACAGUAAUUAGUGCUGAUUAAUUUUUGGAAUUAUGGCUGACAAUCUGGGGGGGGUUUCUUACAGAAGACUGACAGUGGAGUCAGGAGAAAAAGAAGCAAUUUUAUGGGAUGUCCGCAAAGUUUUGUGGUCAUUGCAUCUAGCAGGACUUGAACUGAAAAUUGUGCAAGGGUCAAGAAAAAGAAAGAGUCAGACAGCUAUUCUGUCUAUGAUGAUAGGUGAAUAAUGCUCAGACCCAACUCAAGUUACAGAUUUCGGGGUGCAAGAUUCUAUAAUAAUGGUGCUGUGUGAAGAAAAUGCUUCUGUGGCUAAGGAAAUGUUCAUAAAGAAUCUUGUUCUUUGCCAUAGAUUCUUCUGAAUCAAGUAGGCCUUGUUUACCCUCACAAACUUUAUAUUAUGGCUACACAGUGAGAUUGUGACCUUUGGUUUUAUGCGUAUAGGAGUAGAGAUAAGCAUAUAAACAGAGGGAAAGAGAGAAUCCAAGUAUACUGAGAGAGAGGGGGGUGGGGAAGAGGAAGGUAGGGAGAUGGGUUGGUCUUCAGCAACUAUAGCACCCUGUUAUUUUGGCUAUAAAGAGAAAGAUUUUGUGCCUUCAAGGAUAUUGUCUGCAUGGACUUUGUGCUGGCCUAGAAGGAACAACAUGAUUAACGCACAAAAUAACAUGGUCUUAGGCCUUGCAUGUUGCGAUCCUAUGGAGAAUGAUUACUGUAUAUACUCAUGUAUAAGUCUAAAAAUUUUAGUCAAA